UGCUGCGCGCCCAUUGGCCGGCGCCGCGCUGACACCGUGUGAUGGGCCGCCAGCGCACUGCGGGGGGAGGGCCGCCCGCAAAACGCGGCGGCCGGAUCCCGCCGCCGCUGGCUCGUCCGAGCCCCGCCCGCGCCCACUGCCCUGCCCGCGUCCAAUUACCCGCCCCGGGGCGAGCCGCCAGCCGUCGCCAUCACGCGCAGCAGUGGAGCUGUCGGGCCGUCCACGCGUCACGGCGAGCCGAGCCGGCCUCCUCAUCCCGUCCCGCCCCGUCCCGUCCGGGCGGCGCCCGACACGUCCACGCCGCGUCUUGUCGCCGCCCGCCGCGUAGUAGCGGGGCCGCGCCAGCGCCCGCCUGUUGUGUUUCUGUUGCCGCCCGCCAUCUUGUCGCCAGCGCUGCUGCCGUCGGGGCGAGCCGCGGGGCGGCGCGGCGCCUGCGGCCGGGCCCGCGCUACCGGGGAGACGGCAGCGGCGGCGGCCGGGGCCCGCGCCAUGAGCAUCGAGACGCUGCUGGAGGCGGCGCGGUUCUUGGAGUGGCAGGCGCAGCAGCAGCAGACCGCACGUGAGGAGAAUGAGAAGCACGAGAAGCUGCGGCUGGAGCGGGAGCAGGAGCAGAAGAAGGCUGGCAAGGCCAGCGCGCCGCGGGCCAACAGUGCCAUCGCCCCCGAGGAGCCGCGCAGCGAGCUGCUGGUGCCCAUCUCCCCCCCGGCCCCUGCCCCUCUGCCGCCCCCGCCCCUGGCGGCCCCCAUUUCGGUCAUUCCCAUCCCCGUCGUCACCAGCCCUCCGCAGCAAGCGGCCCAGACCGCCCUGUCCCCGCCGCUGGUGCAGCGCCAGCAGCCCCUCGUAAGCACUCCCGGCGUGCCCCCGGACGCGCCCUCGGUGGCUCCGGUCAUCCAGAGGCCGCCGGGCCCGCUGCUGCCGGACGGCAAAGCGGCCACCCCCCCGUCGGGCAGCCCCAAGCAGCUCCAGCAUUACGCGGCGCCGGUCCUGGCCAUCUCCCAGCACCAUGUGGUUCAGCAGCCCAUCCAGCCCCAGCCUCACCAGCCCCUGCAGCACCCCGGGGCGCCUCCACCGCUCGGUGCCCUGAAGCUGGCUCCAGCAGAAGACGCCAAACCAAAUGAGCAGAAGAAAAGACCUGGAGGGGUUGGGACCAGGGAAGUGCAUAAUAAAUUGGAGAAGAACAGACGAGCACAUUUGAAAGAGUGCUUUGAGACAUUAAAGCGCAACAUCCCCAACGUCGAUGACAAGAAGACCUCAAACCUCAGUGUCCUAAGGAGUGCCUUGAGAUACAUCCAGACUUUAAAGAGGAAGGAGAAGGAAUACGAGCACGAGAUGGAGCGGCUGGCAAGGGAGAAGAUCGCUACCCAGCAGCGCCUGGCAGAGCUGAAGAACGAGCUGAGCCAGUGGAUGGACAUCCUGGAGAUUGACAGGAUCAUUCGGCAGACAGUCCAGCCAGAGGACGAUCAGGCAUCUACCUCCACAGCAUCAGAGGGCGAAGACAACAUGGAUGAGGACAUGGAAGACGACAGGCCAGUGAACUCGUUACCAAAACUCGCCCAGCGGCAGCACCCGGAGCUCCUGAAAGCCGUCCCCGCCGCCGCCCCCCACCACCCGGCAGUGCUGCCCCAGCACCUCUCCAUCCAGCAGAAGCAGCCCCCGGCCCCCGCGCAGCCGCCGCUGCCGCCGCAGGCGCUGGUCCCGCCGCAGGCCAUCGUGCCCGCACAGACUCACAUCGUGGCGGCCUCCACCGUGCAAUCGACUGUUAUCGCCCACACGGCCACCACCCACGCCUCGGUCAUCCAGACUGUCAACCACGUCAUUCAGGGUCCACAGACCAAGCACAUCGCCCACAUUGCACCUUCCACCUCCAGCCCCGUGCAGCUCACCACUGCCGCCCAGCCCAUCGGCCACAUCACUGUGCACCCCGCCGCCAUCAACCACAUGGCCCACCUGGGGCAGCAGCUGCCCCUCUACCCGCAGCCCGUGGCCGUCAGCCAGCCCAUGGUGAGCCACAUCGCUCACACCAUCUCGCACCAGCAAGUGAACGGCACCACGAGCCUGGGCCAGCCGGCGGUGAUGGCCAAGCCCGCCGUAGGAACGCAGGUGGUGCACCACCCGCAGCUGGUGGGGCAGACGGUCCUCAACCCGGUGACUAUGGUGACCAUGCCGUCCUUCCCCGUCAGCACGCUCAAGCUGGCCUAGGGGGGAUCUCCGCAGCCAAGGAGGGCUUUUGUUGGGAACCUUUCCUAAAAAUUCCAUACAUUCCAACCGCGGGAGGGAAGUGCAGAAGACACCCGGGAGUGAGUGGCAGCAGGGCCGGGCCGGGCUGUCCCCAGCUGCCCAGUGACCCACCUGCCCCUGGCAGCGAGGGCACAGGGCAGGCUCGGGGCGGGGGCGGGGGGGGACACACACGACCUCUCUGCACUUGAAUUUUUGCUAAUCUGAGGAAACUUCAGAGACAGUUGUUGAUGGUGAUUUAUUUUUUCGUUUCCUUUCCUGUGUAAUCGGUGACCUAUGGCUAUGUUGUUCUGAAGAGUUUUCAAUCUUCUUCUUCUUCUUUUUCUUUUCCUUCCUUUUUUUUUUUUCCCCCCUCCUCCCCCCCC